AUGCACAUGAUUGCGUCGGGGGAAACCGUAUCGCUAUUAAUGAUUCAAGCAGAAUCCAAAGAGAAGGCCAAAUAUAAGGGUCCAGUCGACUGUAUCCGGCAGCUGUACAAAGAAGGAGGAAUAAGGUGGAUUUACAAGGGAACAGCCGCAACAUUUCUACGAGAUAUCCACGGUUCAGGAGUUUAUUUUGCUACUUAUGAGGUUCUACAACGAUCUCUCACACCAGAAGGUGAAAGCCGAAAUGAUUUGAGUCCUUUGAGAACACUAGUGGCCGGUGGAGUGGCGGGACUAGCCAACUGGAUAGUCGCGAUACCCCCAGAUUUCUUUUCAAUGCUUUUUUCUUUUUUUUCAUGCUUCUUUCUUUUUCAUGCUUCUUUUCUUUUUUUUUUAUGUUUCUUUAUAUUUAACGCUUAUUUCUUUCUUUCUUUUUCAUGUUUAUUUUUCUUUCUUUUUUCAUGCUUCUUUCUUUUUCAUGCUUUUUUUCUUUCUUUUUCAUGUUUAUUUUUAAUGCAUCUUUCUUACUUUCUGUAUUUCUUUCAUUUUUAUUUACUCACAUUUGCUCCUAUGAAAGGCGAAUCGCAGAAAAUCGCACACGUCGUUCAGCGUUUAUUGAAGAAAGAAGGAUUCAAAGCAUUAUACAUCGGGUCGACGCCGCUUUUGAUGAGGGCCUUCAUUGGAAACGCUGCUUGUCUUCUUAGCUACGAGGCGACUAUCCGGAUACUAAACUACUUCGUGCCUAAUCUUUGA